CCUGGCAGUGACUGAGGGGAGCAGGAGGAGGGACAGAGGAACCGGGAAGGCUGUACAAAAGAAUUCCUCACCCCAAAGCCCCCUGACCGGCAGCAGCGAGUAAAGAAGCAGAUCUGCUCUCCCUCCUCCUUCCCCCCUCCCAUCUUCCCACCCAGACGGCACAAGCCAGAGAGCAGCUGCAGGCCUUCAGAGAGGACCCACACAGCCUCCUGUAGGUGGCAACAGUGCCACCUGUUUGACUGGUGGGGCAGAGUGGUGGACUGAAAGAGAGAGGAGGCAGACAACUCGAAGAGGAUCUGGGAAGCGGUGCAGUGCAGAGCCGAGAGCAGAGCUGCCGCUGAGAAAAGGCCCUCACCAUGGCCAAGUCCCCCAACUGCUGCUCCGUCUGGGCCCGCAGCAUCCACUGCCUGUAUAGCUGCCACUGGAGGAAGUGUCCCAAGGACAGGAUGAAAACCAGCCAGUGUGAAUAUAUGUGGUUUGGCCUGCUCUUCUUCACUGUCCUCCUCUCCUUGGGCUGGCUGUACAUCGGGCUCAUCCUUCUCAAUGACCUGCACAACUUCAAUGAAUUCCUGUUCCGCCAGUGGGGACACUGGAUGGACUGGUCCCUGGCAUUUACGCUUUUUGUCUCUCUACUGGUCACAUAUGCGUCCCUGCUAUUGCUCCUGGCUGUGCUCCUGUGGUUCUGUGGCCAGCCUCUACACCUGCACAGUGUCCACAAGGUGCUGCUGCUCCUCAUUGUACUUCUUGUGCUCGCUGGACUCGUGGUACUGGAUGUCCAAUGGCAGGAGGAGUGGCUUAGCCUACGUCUGUCACUGUGGGCCACAGCCCCGUUCCUUCACAUUGGAGCUGUUGCUUUCAUCACCAUCCUGGCCUGGCCUGUGGCUGAUAACUUCUACCAUAUCCACAAAAGAGGCCACAAGAUUGUGCUACUGUUCGUGUAUUUUACAAUUGUCCUGGCCAUCUACCUGGCCCCCCUCUGCAUCUCCUCAACCUGUAUCAUGGAACGCAGAGACUUAUCCCCCAAGCCUAGGCUGGUUGGACACCGAGGGGCCCCUAUGCUGGCCCCCGAGAAUACCCUGAUGUCCCUGCGGAAGACAGCAGAAUGUGGAGCUAAUGUGUUUGAGACCGAUGUGAUGAUCAGCUCCGAUGGGAUCCCUUUCCUCAUGCAUGAUGAGCACCUGAGCAGAACCACAGAUGUGGCCUCUGUGUUCCCAACCCGAAUCACCGCCCACAGCAGCGACUUCUCCUGGGCUGAACUGAAGAGACUCAAUGCCGGGGCCUGGUUCCUGGAGAGGCCACCCUUCUGGGAGGCCACACAGCUAUCAGGCCUUGAUCGGAAAGAGGCUGAGAAUCAGACAGUACCAACAUUGGAAGAGUUAUUGAAGGAAGCUGCAGUCCUCAACCUUUCCAUUAUGUUUGAUUUGCGCCGCCCACCACGAAACCACACAUACUAUGACACUUAUGUGAACCUGACAUUGGAGACUGUGCUGAAUUCAAGGGUCCCUCAAGCCAUGGUCCUUUGGCUCCCAGAUGAAGAUCGGGCUAAUGUCCAACAACGGGCACCCAGAAUGCACCAGAUAUAUGGACAGUUGGGAGUCAACAGAACUGAGAGGCCCCUGUUUCUCAACCUCCCCUAUCAAGACCUACCACAAUUGGAUAUAAAAGCACUGCAUGAGGAUAAUGUCUCAGUGAACCUAUUUGUUGUGAACAAGCCCUGGCUCUUCUCCAUACUCUGGUGUGCAGGGGUGGAUUCGGUCACCACCAAUGACUGCCAGCUGCUGCAGCAGAUGCGUUACCCCGUCUGGCUUAUUCCCCCUAAAACCUACCUAAUGAUAUGGCUCCUCAUUGAUUGUGUCUCCACCCUGCUGAUUUUGGGGCUGUUCCUCCUCCGUGGGAGAUGUGCCGAGAAGAGAGAGAUAACUGGCUUAGAAACAGCUGUGCUGCUGACCAGGAUCAACAAUUUCAUAAUGGAGUGAAUGCCCUGCUCUAGGCCCCCACCAGCCAGAGUCUGAGGCCUGUCUACAUCUGUCAACAGCAAGGAAGGGAGCAUGGCUACAGUGGAAUGGUGGAGUGAACUUUGAAUUAUGAGGGAAAUGGUGGAUAUGCCCCAAGCUUCUAUGGAAUCUUCUUCCCUUUGGGUUUUGACCUGAGGUGGUGGUGGAAGACAGUAAAUCAUGAGAAAUGUCUCCCAAAAUAAAACGUUCUAGAACAGGGGAGAUUGCCAAGAAAAUGUUUCAGACUUGUGUGCACAUGUUCUUGUGUAGAAAGCACAGGGUGUAUCAGGGAUGGAACAGCUUGGAACAGUGACUGAAGGAGAGAUGAAAACGGCCUUCCUGGAGAACCCACCCCACUCCAUUCACUGUGUCGCCCCAACCACUGCAAUUUAGCUGCUUUCCUGCAUAGAGGCUGGGAGCUAAAGAGCCCAUCUAGCCAUGUAGUUCUAUGCCUACAGGUGGCUUUUUACUGCGUACAGCCUUUUUCUUCAAGACACGUUGGUUCAUGUUUCUUGUCUAUUAAUCCUUUUCUGAAUGAAUUUAAUUUCCAUUUG